AUGGCGGAAGAUGUCAAUGAACUGACAGCAUCAUCAUGCGGAUCUGAUCCAAGAGCUGCUACAUGUCGAGGGAAACUGCAGAAUCGACGUUGUAAAUUAAAUCAAGAAAUAAAUAAGGAAUUAAGACUAAGGGCUGGCGCAGAAAAUUUAUAUAAAGCUACAACAAAUAGAAAAUUAAGGGAUACUGUUGCAUUAGAGCUAAGUUUUGUAAAUUCAAAUCUUCAAUUACUUAAAGAGCAACUAGCGGAAUUAAAUUCAUCUGUAGAAAUAUACCAAAACGACAGUCAUGAAAGCAUUAUGCCAAUGAUACCACUGGGUUUAAAAGAAACUAAAGAAAUAAAUUUCCUGGAACCAUUUUCAGACUUCAUUUUAGAACAUUAUAGUGAAGAAUCAUCUAUUUACAUAGAUGCUAUCGCUGAUAUAACAGAUACACGACAGGCUGCACGAACUCCAACAAGAGAUCUACAGGGUGUAUCAUUACUCUUCCGAUAUUAUAAUCUUUUGUAUUAUGUUGAGAGAAGAUUUUUUCCGCCAGAUAGAAAUUUAGGAGUAUACUUUGAGUGGUAUGACUCAUUAACAGGAGUCCCAUCAUGCCAGAGAACAAUUGCAUUUGAGAAAGCUUGUAUAUUAUUUAAUUUGGGUUCAAUUUAUACUCAAAUUGGUGCUAAACAUGAUCGUACUUCUGAAAAAGGUUUAGAUGCAGCUGUUGAUAGUUUUUUAAGGGCAGCCGGUAUAUUUCGUCAUAUUUUUGAUACAUUUACGAAUGCCCCGUCAAUGGAUUUAAAACCACAAGUAUUAGAUUUUUUUGUAUCAUUGAUGUUGGCACAAGCACGUGAAUGUCUAUUCGAAAAAUUACAAUUACAAAUUGAAUCGCUAGCAUUAAGAAAUUCAAGUCAUUUAUAUAAGGAUUUGGGCGGUGAAGCAGCUCAAUUAUCAUUUGAAUAUAAUGAAAUGCACAAAAAUAUUCAAUCAAAUGAAACCCAUACAUAUUUACCUGAAUGUUGGGCUGGGUUGGUACCAUUAAAAGCGGAAUUUUAUAAAGCAUUGGCUCAUCAUUAUGAAUCUAAAAGUUUGAAUUCAAAAGAAAAAUCAAAGGAUAAGUCACAAUCAAAGCCAAAAAUUAAAAAAAAUCCAACUAUUGAGUCAUUCAUCGACGAUGAAGACAAUCUUGAUAAUAGUCAUAGUGCAACUGCAUUAAAAUUAGCCCACAUUAAAGAAUCAUUAGCUAGUCAUGAAGAAGCACAAAGACUACAAAGGAUGUGUCGAUAUUUGAAAAAUAAAGCAAGUUUAAUAUCAGUUCUAAGAGAUGCACACUACAGAACAAGAGAUGAACUGGAAAAAUUUGAAGAAGAAAAAAUUAUUGAAGAAAUCGAAGAAGAUUUUGAUUUAAUUGAAGUUUCAAUUGAUGCAUGUUCAAAAUUUACAUUAUCAUUGACUGGUCCAGAUUUUACAUCAUAUAAAGUAGAUGAUCCAUUUAAAAAGUUAGGUCCAAUUGCAAUAUUUUCAGCUAGACGUCAUUGGACAGCUCCACGUUGUGUACGAUUACAAAAAGGUUCAUCAUCAUUAUAUAGUGAUCGCGGUAUAUGCCAUUGUUAUUCAUCAUCAAAUGAAAGUCAUAAAUCUGAUUGCUCAAAAAGUGAUCAAGAAACAAAAGAUUCAAAUUAUGAUAAUGCAGAAAGUUUUGGCUUUCAUAUUAGAGGUGAUGCACCAGCUAUAAUAUCACAUGUUGAAAUGAAUUCUUUAGCUGAUUUGGGUGGUAUUAAAGAAGGCGAUUUUAUUGUUGAAAUAUCUGGAAUUGAUGUUAAAUGGUAUACACAUCAACAGGUUGUUCGAAUAAUUCAAUCAGCUGGUUCAACGCUUGAAUUAAAAUUAAUUACUCCAAUGGAUCGAAACUAUUUAAAACCAAUGUCAUCUAAAGGUUCAAUUUCAACAUUAUCAGCAGCUAGUUCAUCUGGUGUAUCGUCUGGUUCAUCCAGUCCAACUGGUACAACAUCUAAACCAAAAACUCGAAUAAAAGGAACAAAAUCACGUUUAGGUAGUCUUUCAUCCAGUACUUGGAAUCCAUUUCGAAGAACACACAGUCUCGGAAAAAUUUUUUAAAAAUAUAUUAUAAUUUAUAAUUUUAUAAAAGACAAAAAUUUAAUUUUGUGGUGCUCUUAUGAAAAAGCAAUUAUAAAAGAUGAAAAAGAAAAAAAAACAAAAAUGUGGCCAUUUUCUAUAAAUUUAAUUUUCCAAUAUAUUUUAUAAUAGUUAUAAUAUUUACACAUUUACACACAUACAUAAAAAUGCAUAUACUUAUUAUGCAA